UGUGUUAACAUGGGUUAGUUGUCCUUAAACAUUUGAAGUGAACGGAAUGGUUGGUUUGUUAAUGCGUUUUCUCUGGUCAUUGGCUCUGCUGCAGUGCAUCGACGUUGGCUUGGCUGAAGGACCUCCUUUCAACGACCGGGAUUGUGAUUUCAUAGGCGACGCCAAUAUAAAAUGUCCACCCAAAUCCAAGUUGCAGAAUGCCUACUACUUCAACAUGCCGGUUUAUAAACUGAAUAGACAUGGCAUUCCCACCACAACUACAACCACUACCGAAGCUCCAGUUGUGGGUUAUCCUGCUGACCUUUUGGAAAUAGCCAGCAAGGUGGGUCUGAAGGAUCUGCCAAGCAUUGAGGAGCUGGGCAAGUUGAUCGGCACGGAUAAUCCCAGCGAUACCAUCAACUACAUCCGAGCCCUCGUCGGAACCGAUGAGGGUAUAGAAAUGAUCAAACAGUUCCUGAAUACUCUGCAGUUCGAGAAGAUUGAGGAGGACAAGCCGAUGGAGGAUAACGAGAACAUCGACAACAACGAUGAGAUAAACGCCAUGGAAGACUACUUGGGUCGGGAGAGGUACACCACUCCAACAGUGGGCCAGCGAUAUAAUCUGAUGCCAGGUCAUCUUCCUGCUCCAAUUAACCCUCCUUUCAUGCCCUAUUUUGUGGCACCUCCGAGCAGAUUUGGCCGAAUUCCACCCUUCCUGGUCAGGUCACCACUGCCGUAUCAUUAUCCCAUUCCUCUGCCACCACCAGGAGCGAACCACAAUGCCCCACGGUUUCACAUGCCCACACACAACACACCCAACACACCCAAGCCACAUCUGAAUACACUUAAGCCCCAAGUGGACGCGGUGAUCAAGUUCUCAAAUUUGCCGCCUCACGUCCAGCGGCUGGCAAAGUUGCUAGACAUUCCCCCAAGGGUUGUGGAUCAGUUCCUGAAGAAUCAGCCCAAGCUGGCGGAUCUGGCCAAGCGGCUGAGCACCCUGGCUCUCAGCCCGGAACAAACCCAGGACAUGGACUCCCAGGUGCUGCAGGCUGUGAGGAACGCACUGUCCAACAACGAUGAUCUGAAGCGACUGAUCGAGGCCUCCAUGGCACUCAAGUAAAUUUGUAACUAGUCUAGCCAUAUUUCUAAAAUAAACUAACAAAAUAAUCAACAAGGUGGUUUUUGUUUGAAUAAAUCUGUGCUUAUAACUUUAUA